UUGUACUAAUAACCCAUGUGGAAAGUAUGAAAAUAUGAAUAAAAUCAUAACUUCGGUGGUGGAAAAUAUCCGUACGUUUACUGAUGUCACUACUGUGUUUUUUAUUGGUGGCGCUCUAUCCCAUCGCGAUACUGCAUAUCCAGUAAUCGGCAUGUCGACAAAUAAAUCGUUAUUUUUAAAAGCGGCUUUUCCCAGGGCACCAUUAAAUAAUGGCAUUGGCCGUUAUGUUUGUCAAUUGCAACGAGUGACAUUAAAAUUUUGCAAAAAUAAUGGUUCAAGUCGUGGCAUGAGAGAUUUUUUGGAGAACGAUCUAUUAAAUUUUGCCAAUGAAAACCCUGGAGUGGUCGUUUAUGUCAAGCCUAGAAGACACAAGACCCCUGUUAUUGUUGCAGAAUAUCUUAAUGGAGAUAGGUUUUGGCACUCCUGUAGAAAUUACUCACGAGAAGAGCUGUUGAAGUGGAUGGAACAUAUUCGUACACAAGCUGGAGAUAUGACAAAUGUAAGGCUACGUAAAAUGUGGCAUACCAGCUUUCCCUCUAUUCAGGGACCCUGGACUCCAUGGACUUUCAAAAAUCCUGAACACAUUUUUGCUCAGUAUCCCAACAAGGAAUUUGGGCAAGCGGUACAAUACAAACCCACAGCUACAGAAGAACUGAAAAGGCUCUUCAAAGAGCAACAAGAAGCCAAAGCAGUGCAGAAUCUAACCUCAUCCUAAACAAAAUGUAAUUGCUUUAGUUUGAUCGUUAGCUAUCAUUGUAACAUUAAAAAUCAAUAUUCAUGAAGUACAA